CGCCGCCCUGCGCGCUCCCCGCCGCGCCCCGCGCCCCGCGCCCGCCGCCCCGGCCCAGCCCGGCCGGGCGCUGCCUACCCGGGGGAGCCCGAGCUCCGCGCCCGCCCACUGGACCCUCCGCCCGCCCCACGAGCCGGGCACCUGUGCCAGGAGCCCUGUUGAAUCAACUGAGAAAGGACCUGCAGAGCAAACGCCAUGAGCAUCUCAGCUCUCGGAGGCAGCACUAAAGGGAAGCCUCUCCCACCGGGUGAAGAGGAACGCAAUAACGUCCUCAAGCAGAUGAAGGUGCGAACCACACUGAAGGGGGACAAGAGCUGGAUCACCAAGCAGGAUGAAUCGGAGGGCUGCACACUCGAGCUGCCCUCUGGCCGGAGCCGUGCCACAUCUUUGUCAUCAGCUGCCAGGCCUCCAAGCACAAGGGCUCCCACUGGCUAUAUCAUCCGGGGAGUGUUCACCAAGCCCAUAGACAGCUCGUCCCAGCCCCGGCAGCACUUCCCCAAGGCCAAUGGAGCUCCGAAAAGCGCUGCCGGUCUGGUGAGAGCAGCUCCCGCUGGGCCUCCCUGUCCCUCCUCCUCCGGCUACAAGAUGACCACUGAGGAUUACAAGAAGCUGGCGCCCUACAACAUCAGGCGCAGCUCAGCAUCAGGGGCCGCUGAAGAGGAGGAGAUGCCCUUCUCUUCUGACGAGCAGAAACGGAGGUCAGAGGCUGCAAGCAGUGUGGUGAGGAAGACAGCUUCCCGGGAGCACUCGUACGUCCUGUCAGCGGCCAAGAAGAGCCCCAGCAGCCCUGCCCAGGAGACGCAGGCCCCGUUCAUUGCGAAGAGGGUUGAGGUGGUGGAUGAGGACGGGCCUUCUGAGAAGAGCCAAGACCCACCUGCUCUGGCAAGAUCCACCCCUGGAUUGAGCAGCACAAGAGGCGGGGAGAUUGUCUGCCUUCAGAUCAUGACGCCUGGGGCGGGACUCCGCCUGGUGGCCCCAGAUUUGGAAGGAAUGAGGUCUUGCCCGGGCUCCAAAGACAAGGAGGUCCCCAGCCCCAGAGAACCCAACAGAGAAUUGGCUAGUGAAGAGGCCUUCAAGGUCCCUGAUCCGGACUCUGAAAGGUCAAGUGCACAGUCAAGUGAUGGAAAUGUGAGAUCUGGAGCCUUGGGCUCCCCACUUGAAGGCUUGGCUGGAGCAGAUAUCAGCUCUGAGAGAGGAGGCUCCUCCAGAGCAGGCAUAAAGGUCCACUCGCAGCUGGAGGCCCAGCCCUCACCUGAUUGGGCACCAAGCAGGCUGUGCUCAGCUGCUGGCUUCACCCCUCUCCUGGAUGAUCAGGGUAUGCAUGGUGCCAACGCUCAGCCUUGCAAGCCUGGACCAGCAGCCACCAGCUCCAGUACUACUCUGGCCUCUGCUGUCCUGGCUGACAGGAAGAGUGACAGCCCAGCAGACCUGGAGGACGUGAAGGCAGACCUGAAGGGCGCCUUGGCUGGUUCUGAGGAGAAGAAUGUGGCUGCCAAGGUGGGAGAGGCCUGGCAGGAGAGGCCCGGAACCCCGAGAGGUGACGAGGGAGACCCAGCUGCACCCACCCAGCAGCCUGCAGACCCCAGCACCUCAGAGCGGCAGAGCAGCCCCAGACCUGAGCCAUUCAUGGACCUGGACAGCCAGCGCAGCAGCGCCUUGGCUGGUUCUGAGGAGAAGAAUGUGGCUGCCAAGGUGGGAGAGGCCUGGCAGGAGAGGCCCGGAACCCCGAGAGGUGACGAGGGAGACCCAGCUGCACCCACCCAGCAGCCUGCAGACCCCAGCACCUCAGAGCGGCAGAGCAGCCCCAGACCUGAGCCAUUCAUGGACCUGGACAGCCAGGGCAGCAGGGUGAGAAACCCCUCAAGCUGUGCGGUCACUGUCACCAUCACUGCUGCUGCUGAGCAGCCUCAUGUUUACAUCCCAGCCUCCCCAAGUGAACCAGACUCCAGCUCAUCGAGCAAAGGGAUUCUCUUCGUGAAGGAGUACAUGAAUGCUAGUGAGGUAUCUUCGGCGAAGCCAGUGUCCCCACGCAGCAUCAGGAGCGUUGAGGACUCAUUCAACAUGGAGAAGAAAUCCCCAUGUGACAGCAUCCCUUACUCUGAGAGAACAACUGGAGGGAUCUGUACUUACUGCAGCUGGGAGAUCCGAGAUUGCCCAAAGAUUACCCUAGAACAUCUUGGCAUCUGCUGCCAUGACUAUUGCUUUAAGUGUGGGAUUUGCGGUAAACCAAUGGGUGAGCUCCUGGAUCAGAUCUUCAUUCACCGUGACACCAUCCACUGUGAGAAAUGCUAUGAGAAGCUCUUCUAGGCUGAGAAGAAGCUGAUGACUCCUGGACAAAUUUGGCUGUCCGCAGUUGCCCCAAGUUCCCUCACUUCCUCCCUCCCCAUUUGAUUUCUUCAUGCUUUUGCCUUUCUCAAGUUGAACCUUCUUACAUCCAGUAGUGUAUCUUAAUGAUGCUAUGAUCACUACUUGUGUGUGUAACUUUUUAUAGCUUAGAAAUCACGUCACAUCCAAUGAUCUCAUUUCAGGCUCAAGCAGAGAGGAUUGAACAAGGAUUCCAUCUUGGCCUAAGACAGGUCAGCCUCCUUGUAUGAUAGGCAUGGGCAAGAGCAUGGGGUUCAUUAUGUCCUGACUCUUGGGACAGAGAGCACAUCCCAUUCUGGUUCACCACUGUGAGUGUACCUUUGGGACUUGAGAGCAGAAGGAGACCCCCUGAAGCUUCUGAGGGGCCAGGUUGAAGACUGUUGACCAUCCCUGGUGGGUAAAUUGCAGACACUGAGUGCUAGGGAUUGGCAUAGGCUAAUGUUUGGCUUGCCCGUUUGCCGUAUAUAUUUUUUAAACUUUUCAUACACUUUUAAAAGUAGGUAGUUACUUUUGAUUGAGUUCUAUAGCAGAUUUUAGUUUUACCUCUUUCUACUCACCUUUCUCUAUAGCUGAGUUUUGUCCCACAGGCAUGUGGGGAUGUAUUAGAAAGUUUACACAAUUAGGUUUAAAUUCUAUAGGAUGUGAUUCUUGGGGGGCUACUGACCAAAGGGACAUCUGUGUUUGAAUCUUGAUAGGUCAUCAAUACCUUUGCCCUCAAUUCCCAAUCCCUAAUCUUUAUGCAGAAAUCCUCUAAAGUAGGUUUUAGGGUAUAUAGGCUCUAGCAGGAUUAAGAAGGGUGAAAAGCAGCCGACAUUUCUUGAGGCCUUGCUACAUACCAAGCAUUAUCACAAAGUCAUGACAUUGAUCCCCAUACUAAUCUUGUGCAGAGGGCAUUCUCAUCCCCAGUUUACAGAUGAGGAUAUUGAGGCUCAGAGAGAUGGUCAUUGCAUUGUGCAGAACCAUUGCUGUCUCUCUCCACUAACAGUAACCACAACGGUGAGCAUCGAUUCAGUGCUAAGUAUGUGUCAAACACUGUGUGGAGGAUACCUAAUCCUACACCAGGUAAAACUGGCCCCCUCAGGCCUCCUCUGAGGCACAGUCUUACAAAGAGGGGGAGGUGUGAAAUCACUUCUCCUGUGGGCAUCCUGGGUCCCCCUGUGAAGUACCACAGAGACCAAACUGUCCCCCUUCUCUCUCCUCCCCUUUCCACGAAAACACUUCUGAACUGAGAUGGUCUCAGCUGGGAAGAGAUUUGACUCACAGACCUUCCCAAGAGGAGCUUGUCAACCCAGGGAAAGCUCUAGUGGGCUAGCCAAUCUGAGCACAGGGCCUUCAGCGACCUCGUAUAUUCCAGUCCAGAGCCUGUCCCAAACUAGCAGCAACUGCUGGGGCCCCAGGUCCUCAGAAUGUGGAAACCUAUCACCAGCUGGACAGAUGCAGGCCCAUCCAUGCAAUUAGGUGAUUCUCUGCUUGGCUUCACCUGGGCUUCUCUACCUUUGGCACCAGCAUCACUGUGUAAGCUCCCCAAGAGGAGGAAUAACCUGAGGGUUUUUCUGAUGAAAAAUGAAGGCCUCUUCUCUUGAUUUAAUUAGAAAAUGUCUCUCCAUCUCUCUCCAGUUUCUGAGCCCUGUGCACAUUGGCUGGUAGACUGGUUCUUCCUGUCAAAUGAUCAGAGAGGAUCCAUUUAUUUGCAAAGAGAUGCAUCAGAUUUGCUCUGGACGGGGAAAGUGGUACAAUAUGACAUGUGCUGACACUAAAUAUGACUGGUCUUCCUCAAGUCUAGCCCUCAGCAUGAGCCUUGGCACAUGGUAGGCACUGACACGUAGGGGCUGAAUGAAUGAGUGAAAGGGAAAAAAAGGUCGCUCUUUGGGUGGGAGGUGCCAUCCCUGAGUCUUGGUGCUACAGACCCGGCUGAUGGAGUUCAGGAUGAAAAGGUCCAAGAUAGGCUGGCUUCCCUACCUUCAAGAUACACUCUGCUUUUAAGGUAGUUUUAGAACCAAUAUGCAAGAUAGUGACAGAAAGCUUGUGAAAUCAGCAUUGAUUUCAAUCCAAAACAGCCUCUCUCAUGGCUCAAAAGGCACAGAAUUCUGCAGACUUAAGGAAGAGGGGUGGUUGCAUUACACUUUUGCUUUUUAAUUGCCUAGUGUUUUUAAUCAUACUUGCUUAACCCACAUUAAUGUACACAAUUAUAAUAAAUGUUAAGAUAUUA